AUGGACGAGGCCGGCCGCUGGUGGAGAGAAUUGUGGCAUGAUUGGCCCAACGUAUGGGACGUAUGCCGUCGCCGCGGGCUGCUUAAAGCACUCCCCGACAUAGCACGGGCUGCCUUCUGGACGGCCUUGAUGAUUGUGCUAUUCGCCGUCAUCAUUGCAUGUGAUUUGGUUCGCACAACAUGGUCCCGUGCAUACCCGCUGUCCGAGCACAAUACGGACAAGAGAGAGCGUCGACGCAAAGAGAACUCGCUGCAGCGGCUGUUGUGCAGACCCAUGGCAGAUCCCAUAUCAGCAUAUAGGACUGUCCACUCCCAGAGCCCGCAACACGAUGGAAAAGCCAAAUGCUCCAUCUUCAGCCGCCUGCCGCCCGAGGUUCGGAGGCACAUUUUGGUUUCAGCUUUUGGAGAACGCACGCUACAUAUGGACUUGGAUUUCCGACUCCCAUUCAACUUGGUUGAGAAGAAGCCAUACGGUGGGUGUGACGUGCAUGCAAGGAUUCACCAAGGAAACCUGGCCUCAGACUCACACUUGGAUACAAAGUCUGGCAGGCAUAGGACUUGGAGGUGGUUUGGCUGUGUAUGCCACCGAUUCGAUGUCGAUAACACACCACGGUUGGCUUACGGCAGGAGAUGCAACUAUCGAUGGGCGCAUUUUGGGGAGCCGGAUACGGAUCUGUGCCUUCGCGGAUCAGGAAAGUGUAAUACGUGGCCUGGAAAGUGGCCAGUGAAGUGUCAAAUUGGCGUUAUGGGGUGGAUGUUAUCUUGCAAGCGAGCAUAUUUCGAGGGCAUGGAUGUUUUGUAUAGCACCAACACUUUCCACAUUGCGUCGCCCGUUCUAAUGAAGAAGCUGGUCUGGCAACCAAAAGAUCUUCCUCUAGUAGAAGGCUUUUGUUCAAAGGUGAAGCAUUCCAAAUAUCGGCGCCCAGUUUUCCCGUCUCUUGCAUACUUGCGGAUUGCGUUUGCCCGGAUGGUCAUCCACGAGGUAGACCACACCACCGACAUGAUUUGGCCAUAUGACAACAGACGACUACUAUCCGAGAGGUUACACAACUUCUUUUUACCGCAAAUGGACGAAUUAAUCAACAGAAUUGCGCCGUCGACGGCGGAAGUAACGGUAUCUUGUGCGAAAUGGGAUUGGUACGAACUGAUAGAUCUGUCUCUUUUGGAAAGCCAGGGCAAGGAAGCGACCAGGAUGCAGAGGGCGGACAUUGAAGGACUGAGGUGCUGGAGAAUGAUGCCCAUUAGGAGGAGCAUUUCAUGGGAAGAUUCCGAGGCAGGUCUAUCUUCUUCGCGGAGUAGAGAAGGAUACUGGAUUCAUAUACCCAUUGGCGACAUGCGUCUUCACAACUGGUAUGGUUACGAUUGGCAACGAAAUGAGCUUUAUGGUCUUGGGCCGGACGGCUUCUCAUGGUCACGGUUAGCGAACAGCGAGGGUCUCUAUUAG